ACUAACAUCUUCGAGAGCAUAAUUGUCGAGGCUUCGUAAUAUAUACACAUACGAUAAUCUCUUUCGCACGGUAGCAACAAACCGCGAAAGUGUUGCUCUCCUCUGCCUCUUGCUUGGCUUGCGCGCGCGCAGCAAAAAAAGAAGCCUACGUGAGAGAGCGACGCGUUAGCGCAGGCGCUGAGGAUAUAAAGUGGGCAACGACGACGGGAGAGAGAGCGAGCGAGAGAGAAAGACAGACUGCGCAUGUGUGCGUGUAGAGUUGCGCCAGGGAGCAGCAAGUAAGAGUGAAAGAGAGAGCACCGUUGGCUAGUGUGCUUGUAGUAGCGCGGCUAUCACAUCGUGGUCGUCGCCGUAGUCGUCGCCGUGAUCGUCGCCGUAGUCGUUGUUGUCGUCGUCGUCGUCGUUAGCGGCUGCAGCAGAUACAAACGAACAUCACGGAGCAGUCGAAGAUACAGCGGCUGCUGCUGCCGCGAGUGGCGUUGGAAACGCGCGCGCACGGCCUGCCGGAGAGGAGUCGUCUUGCCGCCGCGGCGCCAUGCCAGUAGCAGUGAUGCUGGAUCCGAACGUGUUGACGGACCUCGAGGAGCUGACUCUGUGCGGGUACUGCAAGCAAAAGUACAAUGACACCGAGCAGUGCCCGAAAUUUCUGAGCUGUAAGCAUUACUUUUGCUUGCGUUGCAUCGAGAACAACCUGCUCAAGGGUCGCGAACUGUUCUGCGCCCAUUGCUGGAAGAGAACGGAACUCGGCGACCAAGGGCCCGACGCCUUGCCCACCCACUCGCCAUUGCUCGCCCUUGCCAACAACUUCUCGCACCUGAAGGUCAGCCAAAACAAUGUCGCCGGACAGCCGACUCCACCGCCGCCACAGAAACCCAACGACAGGGAGAGAAAGAGCGAGAAUUGCCAUACCCACGGUAUGCCGCUGGCGCUCUGGUGCGGCACUUGUUGCACGGCGCUCUGCAGGGCCUGCGCUACGCCCCAGGAGCACCCCGGACACCAGAUUAAAUCACAGACUGAUGCCAAAGAACAACUCAAAUCGGAUGUUCAAAUGGAAUUGGCGGCGAUGAGCAAGCUCUCCACGGAAAUCAACCGGCUGCAGAUGCAACAGCGCGACUUUUUGAUGAAAGUCUUGGAGGCCUGUAUAACUCUGAAAGCCCACGUGGAGACGGACUUGCAGAACAGCGGCUGGAGCCACCCCGCCGAGGUAACAGAUGCGCGCGAGACCUUCGGUAAGGCCAAGACAUCGCUCCAAUUAUCCGACUGUCCCGCCGAAGUCUACUCCCUCCACACGGAGAUCAUGCUCGAGAAACAGAGACUACAGACCAAGUACCAGGAGAUGAUGCUGCAGUGCCAGCUCGACGAUCUGAUCGGCAAUUCUGGGGUGAUAUUCGAUUUCGCGCUGCUCAAACAGGCAGUCGCGGGAAUCCACUCGGGUGAGCCGCUGAUUGCCCAGCAGAUCGGCAACGGCGGUCGCCUGCCCAACCACGCGACUGCUUCGCAGAACCCUAUACUCUUCCUUGCCAACUACUGCAUGUCUCAGCUGUACUCGAGGCACGUACACGAGGCGACUACGCGAACCAAGCAACACUUGCAGAAUGGGUCGAUAGAGUACCACAUGCUGCCGCAAGUAGCGGGCGCCGUUCACGUGAGCCCCUCGGGAGCCACGGCGGCGCCGCCACCCUCCCAGCAGAGUCAGCCCCCGCAGGUUCAGCCGCAAGCCCAGCAACAACCGCCGCCGCCGCCACAGCAACAACAACUACUCAUAUCCCCGGGCUCGCCGUCUCUCAAGCCGAGCGUAGCCGCGCCCGUUCCCAAUGCUAUUCUCCAGCAGAGUGCGACAAGCUUCAUCAAUGCCGCCGAGGCCGCUGCUGUGGCCAAUAGUGCUGGGAUCGUAGGUAUGCAUUCGCCGCAGCAGGCUCCGGCAAAUCUUAGAGGACCAUCCAACCCCUAUCCUAUGUAUUACUUCAACAUCGAGGUGAACGGCUCACCCUACGGACGCAUCGUCAUCGAGGUGCGACCCGACGCUGCGCCCAAGAUGUCCAAGAAUUUCAGCGUACUCGCGACCGGCGAGAUUGGCUACGGUUACAAGGGCUGCACAAUCUUUCAGUGCUGGGAGGGCGAGAGUGUGAUUACCGGAGACUUUGAGCUGAACAACGGACGCGGCGGCAGGAGUAUCUUCGAUGAUGGAUACUUCAUGCCCGACGACACUAAGUUCCCGGCGGUCAGGGGAGCGGUAGGCAUGAGAAGAACGCAAAAGAGACACGACAAUCUCGGCAUGGUGGGCUCGCAGUUCCGCAUUAUACUCCAGGAAAUGAGAGGUUUCACGGGAAUUUUCGGCCACGUGGUCGAGGGUCUCGAUCUUAUCGAGACGAUUUCGACUUAUGGCGAUCAGACAGGCAAGCCCACCAAGACCAUCCUCAUUAACAAGUGCGGCAAGCUCUAACGAAGGCUCGAGCAUUACCAGUACUACCAUCACCAUCACCACCAGCAACACGAUGACAACAAUGGGUUCUUCGCCUUUUAGACGUUUUUUUUUUCUUUUCUUACUUCGCCUUUUUUCUGUUUUUCUCAUCACGUGGAAAAACGACGACGACUAUGCGUUCCCACGUGCUAUAAACUAAGUGAAUCGACAAGGGCGAGGGGUUCAAAAGACGAGGGUGUUCAACGAUGACGAAAGUUGAUGACUGUCAAACAAACAAAAAUGCGAUCAGUAGUUCAGGUCUUUUCGAAGAUUUUUCAAAGCUAUUUCCGUGUAAUCUCGCGCGUGCGUGCCGUAUUUGUCGAAUUAUUAUAUAUUAUUGCUAAGGGACCGGGUUACUUCAAGGGUUUGAGUCCAUAAUUUUUUUUGCUCUUCAUCGACUAAGUCGGGAGAGAAAAUUGUGUCGCGCGAGCAUUUUGAACGUUUAAACUCUCUAAAAAAAAAAAGUUACAAUCUAUUUUUAAAGCGUGAACGAGUUUAACGAAAAAGCUGAAGGAUAGCGAUAUUUCGGCGAUCGAUAUCAUCGCGAGAAACGUAAUUAUUGUGAGAUAUGAUGAAUAAGGGUGACAAAUGUCGAUAUUUUCCUAACGAAAGCGAGUCAAGUCUAUUCGUAACAAUUUAAUGUUGAUAAAGAAAACGAUACAUAUACACUAAAACGUACGCGCAUAUAUACGCAUAUAUAUAUAUAUGUAUAUAUAUACAUAUACAUAUAUACACUCAGAAGAGUUAGGGAGAAUAAAAGAAAUAAAAAUGGAAACAAACUUUUAUGUCUAAACGCGAACACCGCGAACCUUUUUGGACCGACGCAUAUACACGUACCUCAGAUCGAUGCGACUCCUAGUUAGAAAAAAAUUGCGAUAACUUGUUUUAGCUGUUGACGACGAGAAAAAGAUGAUAAAUUAUGAAAAAGCUAUACGUUAAGCUCCGAAGUUUAUUUUCGCUAUCGUGUGUGUACGUUGACAUUAUACGCGUAAUAGUUUAAACGUAUCUUCAUAAAAUUAACGAUGCAAGAAAAAUAAGAAAAAAAAUAUUAAAUGUCGUGCGUCAAGCGAUUAAAUGCAUGGAGUAGGCGCAAAUACCUCUUUGUUACUUUGAUCCGAUAGUUUUCUCAAGAAUGAAUUUUUUAAUUAUCAGUAAUAUUGAACAUUUCCAUAGAUAUCGAUAUUUUUAUUUUGUCAUUGGACCACAAUCAACUGAAAAUGGUGCAAUUAAUCACAACAGUUAAUAAUGUUCAAGAAGUAUAAUAGUUAUUUUAUAGCAUGAAUCGGAGGAAAAGACAAGGGUAUCAAAUUAACAAAUGGUAUUUGUGCUCCAGAACGCUAUUUAUAAUGGAUAAACGUAAGUAAAAUUGCUACCCAUAGAAGUUAAUCGUUAGAAGUACGAGGGAGUAAUAUGAGUUAUUAAGAUGACUAUUGCAAAUGAGAAAAAAAUAUACAUCAGGGAGAUCGAGCACACAAUACAUAUAUAUACAAAAGAUAUAUACAAUAUAUAUUAUAUAUAUUUUUAGACAGGACUUGUAUGUUUUUGGCCGAAAAAAUUGCAAUCGCGCGUAGCUCGGCGGAAGUCCGAGGAGCCGGUAUAUAAGAAACAAACCGAUAAAAUAGUUAAGCUAAGCUCGUAUAUCCUUCCAGAGGCAAGACAUGGAUUGAGAGAGCGCCAAGGGAGCAUAAAUAGAAAUAUAUAUAUUAAACUAAUGUGAUCAAUACGCAGCGAAAUAGUGCGUACGUAAUUUAGGUAGACAAAAAAAGUGUAUAACCGAAAUGAAACCCGUGAGAAAAGGAUGUUUGAACGUGUCGUCCCUACCGAUCAGCUCUCGAUCUAGUUUUGCUCUCCAUUAAACUAGCGAGCCUAUAAUGUUAUGACCGCGAAUAUAUAGAAGUGAUUAUUACAAAAAUGGAAAAAAAUUAAGAAACACAAUGAAGUUAGUAGAUUUCACUCAUUUACACACAUACAAAGCGGAAAAAAGCCAAGCGUUUGUAGGGCAAAACCACUAUUUAAUCACGUUCAAAGUAAGGCCUAAACUGAUAGACAGAUAGAAGAUUUACACAAUUAUACGCGUUUUUUUUUCUUCUUCGAGAGUGAACCAUAAUUAAAAACAAAAGAAAAAAAAUUGUCGUGUGUCUUUAGAGUGCAUGUUUCACGCAAGUGUGUCUCCGAGUUUAUUUAGCAUAGGUGCGAGUGAUGCUAAAAAAGAAAAAAAGGUAUACGUAGAUUGAACGCGCAAAAGACGCCCUUUUUGGGUCGAAAACAAGCCUCCUCGUCGAGAGAGUGAGACAAAUCUAUUAUACAUAAAAGUAAUGGUGUUGCGUUCAGCGAGAACAUUUUUUCUGAAUAGAUCUUGGUUGGAAAGCGAUUGAUGAAAAAGAAAAAUUAUGAUGUAUUCAUAAAUAUUGCAGACGCACGUGUACGAAAGUCUGCGUAUUUAACGAAAUCAUUCCUCGAUGCUGUAUAUCGAAAAUACUUCGAUUAUGUAAUAUGUUAUGUGCUAUUCAUAUGUAAAUCCUCGUAAACCCCGUCGUUAUUGUACUAUAUAUCACAAAAUACGAUUUAAACACAAAAUGACAAAAAAAGAUAAUAUUGUACAAGCAUAUUGAAGACGAUGAAGCGUUACACAAUAAACAAAACAAAGUAUAGAUAUGCCACACUGUAUACACGAGUACGUCGCGUUAUAGGCUGAACGAAAAAAAUUACAAAAAAAAAUGUGAGAGAGAAAGCGAGACAGAUACUACUGUUACACUACCUAUUCACUGUAUAUUACGAAUACAUAGAAAGCGCGUUUAAAAACGAUUGUAUCUAUUUAAGUGAACACAAUGAAGAGCCACCUUAAACAAAGUCUUGAGUAACGAAUGACCGCGUUGGUACAAAGAAGAAAUGUGAUUUGUUGUUUUGUGAUUGUGAAAGCCACGUAAUGUUUUGUAUCGUUUGAAGUAUUUGACAAAUAACAAAGGUUUUUUUCAACUUUUUUUGUCGGUAUCCAAUAGAGAGAAAGUUGAUCGUGUAAUUUUUCCUUGACAUUCCGUAAGAUAGUCUUCCAAUAAAAUUUAAGUUCAACCAACACACAAUUUUGUGAAGUAAUCUAUCUUGUCCAUUAGCGGAGCAACUUUUUGCCUCAUUAUUUCUUUCACGAUCACGUCAUAGUUUGACGAAACUAAAGGUAUAUAUGAACAUGUUUGCGAAUUUUCGAGUGCAAAAGCUUUUUGGCCUCAGGACGAGCUUCUAAGGUGGCUCAAAAAUGCCGUAUAAAAAAGAAAUAAAAAACACGUAUCGAUGCAAGCAUAUUCUCGCCGAGAGUAGUCGUAGAAAAAAAGAAAAAAUCGUCGUGAGAAAUGCGCCUUCUAAAGAAGAGAACCUCAUUCGAUGUUGAACUUAAAAGUUUUAACGCUGUUAAUUGUGUAUCUGACUAAAUGAUAAUUGUGUAUCUCGCGGCACUGUGAGCGAUUACGAUGAGUUUGCUUAUACGAAUGCAAAACGACGGAACAGAUGAGAACACAGAGAAAAACCUUUGUGUUGAAGUAACCGUUUUUAAGAUAAAUGUAAUUGUGCAAAAGCGCAACAUGAAAAGCGCAUAUAAAUAAAAAGUCUGUGUAAAAAAUGAUAAAAAAAAGCGUUGCUCGAAUAAUAAGUUUCUCUUCUUGAUUUAAAUAUUUCGUAUUAUAAACCACGAGAAAAAAAAAUGAUUCGCGUUAAACGACGAAAUAUUAUCAACUACGUGCACAGUUGUAUCCAAAAAAAACCACUGACGAUUAUUGUAACAUGUAACUCAAGACUCUCUUACUCACAGAAAAAGCUACAAAAAUUGAACUGUAAAAACAAAAGUUAAAUCCGAAAAAAUAAGCCACCUGUAUAUAUAUUUUUAUGAAGUUGACGAAGUAACGCAUAGCUUGUAAUAAAUAACGCGAUUUCGAAACCGUUUUCUCCUCUCUUACCGAAACACAACAAAUUCCUGUUCUUGGGUGGGACACGCGAAUUGUAAAGCGAUAAAAAGUAUACAUAUACUAUAUAUGAACGAAGUAACAAACUACAAAGAGCUUUACUUUACACGUAUUUUCGUCUUUCUUUUCUCAAUAAAAAAAAAUUGCUUGUUUUCUACUCUCCGGCGAAUCACGAGAGUAUUACGAUGACCGUAAUUAUUAUAUUAUACUUUUUGUUCCUGACCUUACGAUUAUAGGUCGACUCUAUAAGCUAACGUGUGAACGCCAGUGGAGCGCAUAUUCGGUACGAAUUAGUUAUUUAAUUGCGAUUCAAGUGUACGCUCGUUACCCAAGUUACUGUACUUUUAGAUCGUCAAUUUUCAGUUAUUAAUUCAUUUCUUCGUGCAAACAAA